AUGACUCUCCACAAGAUCUUCUUACUUUCCUCUAUUUCAUUCAUUCAUUCACUAUUUCUUUCUUUCUUUCUUUCUCCGAAAUUAUCACUUUUCUUUCUUUUUUUUCUUUCUUACUUCUAUCUUAUCACUUUUCUUUCUUUCUUUCUUUCUUUCUUUCUUUUCGAAAUUUUCUUUUUUUCUUUUUUUUCUUUCCGAAAUUAUCUUUUCUUUCUUUUUUUUUUCUUUUUUCUUUCUUUUCUUUUCUUUCUUUCUUUUCUUUCUUUCUUUUUCUUUCUUUUUUUUUUUUUCUUUCUUAUCUUAUCACUUUUCUUUCUUUCUUUCUUUCUUUCUUUCUUUCUUUCUUUCUCCGAAAUUAUCUCUUUUUUUCUUUUUUUUUCUUUCUUACUUCUAUCUUAUCACUUUUCUUUUUUCUUUCUUUCUUUCUUUCUUUUUUCUUUCUUUCUCCGAAAUUAUCACUUUUUUUUUUUUUUUUUCUUUCUUACUUCUAUCUUAUCACUUUUCUUUAUUUUUUUUUCUUUCUUUCUCCGAAAUUAUCUUUUUCUUUCUUUUUUUUUCUUUCUUACUUCUAUCUUAUCUUUUUUUCUUUCUUUCUUUCUUUCUUUCUUUCUUUCUUUCUUUCUUUCUUUCUCCGAAAUUAUCACUUUUCUUUCUUUUUUUUCUUUCUUACUUCUAUCUUAUCACUUUUCUUUUUCAUUUCUUUCUUUCUUUCUUUCUUUCUUUCUUUCUUUCUUUCUCCGAAAUUAUCACUUUUCUUUCUUUUUUUUUCUUUCUUACUUCUAUCUUAUCACUUUUCUUUUUUCUUUCCUUUCUUUCUUUUCUUUCUUUCUUUCUUUCUCCGAAAUUAUCACUUUUCUUUUUUUUUUUUCUUACUUCUAUCUUAUCACAUUUUCUUUCUUUCUUUUCUUUCUUUCUUUCUUUCUUUUUUCUUUCUUUCUUUCUCGAAAAAUUAUUUUUCUUUCUUUUUUUUUUUUCUUACUUCUAUCUUAUCACUUUUCUUUCUUUCUUUCUUUCUUUCUUUCUUUCUUUCUUUCUUUCUUUCUCCGAAAUUAUCAUUUUUCUUUUUUUUUUUCUUUCUUCUUAUCUUAUCACUUUUCUUUCUUUCUUUCUUUCUUUCUUUCUUUCUUUCUUUCUUUUUCUUUUCUUUCUCCGAAAUUAUCACUUUUCUUUUCUUUUUUUCUUUCUUACUUCUAUCUUAUCACUUUUUUUUUUUCUUUCUUUCUUUCUUUUCUUUCUUUCUUUCUUUCGAAAUUAUCACUUUUCUUUCUUUUUUUUUCUUUCUUACUUCUAUCUUAUCACUUUUCUUUCUUUCUUUCUUUCUUUCUUUCUUUCUUUCUUUCUUUCUCCGAAAUUAUCACUAUUCUUUCUUUUUUUUUCUUUCUUACUUCUAUCUUAUCACUUUUCUUUCUUUCUUUCUUUCUUUCUUUCUUUCUUUCUUUCUUUCUUUCUCCGAAAUUAUCACUUUUCUUUCUUUUUUUUCUUUCUUACUUCUAUCUUAUCACUUUUCUUUCUUUCUUUCUAUCUUUCUUUCUUUCUUUCUUUCUUUCUUUCUCCGAAAUUAUCACUUUUCUUUCUUUUUUUUUCUUUCUUACUUCUAUCUUAUCACUUUUCUUUCUUUCUUUCUUUCUUUCUUUCUUUCUUUCUUUCUCCGAAAUUAUCACUUUUCUUUCUUUUUGUCUUUCUUACUUCUAUCUUAUCACUUUUCUUUCUUUCUUUCUUUCUUUCUUUCUUUCUUUCUCCGAAAUUAUCACUUUUCUUUCUUUUUUUUCUUUCUUACUUCUAUCUUAUCACUUUUCUUUCUUUCUUUCUUUCUUUCUUUCUUUCUUUCUUUCUUUCUCCGAAAUUAUCACUUUUCUUUCUUUUUGUCUUUCUUACUUCUAUCUUAUCACUUUUCUUUCUUUCUUUCUUUCUUUCUUUCUUUCUUUCUUUCUUUCUUUCUUUCUUUCUCCGAAAUUAUCACUUUUCUUUCUUUUUUUCUUUCUUACUUCUAUCUUAUCACUUUUCUUUCUUUCUUUCUUUCUUUCUUUCUUUCUUUCUUUCUUUCUUUCAAUAAUAUAUCGAUUCUUUUUUUUUUCUUAUCUAUUUUUGAGGCCAUUCUUUCUUUUGCAUUUGUCCUUCAGGAUUUUCUUACUUUCCUCUAUUUCAUUCAUUCAUUCAUUCAUUCUUUUCUUUCUUUCUUUCACCUAA